GUGACCACCAUCUAACUCCCAUUUGCUACCCGCCGCCAUUAUGAACAUCCGCAAUGCUCGGCCAGACGACCUGAUUAACAUGCAACACUGCAACCUUCUUUGCCUUCCCGAGAACUACCAGAUGAAAUACUAUUUCUACCAUGGCCUUUCCUGGCCCCAGCUUUCUUACAUUGCUGAGGACGAGGACGGGAAGAUUGUGGGCUAUGUCCUGGCCAAAAUGGAGGAGGACCCAGAUUAUGUCCCCCAUGGACAUAUCACCUCACUGGCUGUGAAGCGAUCGCACCGGCGCCUCGGCCUGGCCCAGAAGCUGAUGGACCAGGCCUCUUGGGCCAUGAUCGAGAACUUUAGAGCCAAGUAUGUGUCCCUGCACGUCAGGAAGAGUAACCGAGCAGCCUUGCACCUCUAUUCUAACACCCUCAACUUCCAGGUUAGUGAGGUGGAACCCAAAUACUAUGCAGAUGGGGAAGAUGCUUAUGCUAUGAAGAGGGAUCUCUCGCACAUGGCCAGUGAGCUGAGAAGGCAGCCAGAGCUGAAGGAGAAGGGCAGGUACAUGGUACUGGGCUCCAAGGAAAACCAGGAAACCCGGGGAAGCACACUUCCUAGUUCUGAAGAGGAUGGUGAGGAGGAGAAGAUCCCGGCCGCUGAUGAUAGUAGCAAUGACCACAAGGAACCCAGCGAGUCCAUGGAGAGCACCGAUGCCCAGAACAGCUCAGAAGAUUGA